AUGUUAACCGUUCAAGCCGGAUGGUCGAUGCUGAACAAAAGCAUCUCGACCAUGAUAUCCACUACCGCCGCCACCGAGCCCGGAGAGAGACGACAAUGUUGGGAGUGUCGACGUCGUCGACUCGUGUGCGACUCGUCCCGACCGGCUUGUAAUAAGUGUCUGCAGCCGGCACCGGUGCGUCCGGGAUAUGGUAGUAAGAAACCACUCAAGUGGAUCACCCAGGGACCGUCAAGCCCGCAAUCGGGGUCGACCACCUGGAUCCGGAAAAGGCAGCAAUUUCUGCUGCCAAACGAAGCGUCUUAUGAGCAAGUCUCCGCAGGUGGAUAA